AUGAAAUUGGAAACUCAGCUGACCGGUCUCAUGCGCCGGUCAUCGUCGAUUUCAUGUGAUCGACUACUGUUUCUUUUGUACAUUUUCGAGGAAAGGUGCAGGUCCAGCAUUGAAUCGGGCCACCAAGACUAUAAUGGACUUUCACUGGACGACAUCGUUCUGAUUCUCCAGUAUUCCUUUCCUGGUCUGGCACCAGGAUUUCUAUUUGCAUUAUCGAAGAAUGAUUCGCUUCUUCGAAGUCCUGAUCGAGGUUUCUCGUGGAAAAUGGUGUACAAUCAGGAAAGCGAUUCAGCAUCUCAUGUAGCAGAAGAGGACAUGAAUACAACGGAUGAUUUCCUUAAGAACCUUAUUAAGGGUUUAAGCUCUGAAGAUGCUGAUCUGGAUGUAAUGCUAUCUAAUCAUGAAAAGGAUCAUUCAACGCUCUCUUGCGUUAGUAGUUACUCAGAGUCUGUCGCUCUCGCAGGUAAGGGAGGAUUCCUGGCUCUAUCUACGGAUAGAGGAGUGACGUUUACAACGUCAAAAAGUUACCUGAAGCCAAUUUUGGGCUCGGAUUGCGAUGUGUCGUACCUUGCUAUUGUUGAUAACAACUGCAUUUUGGCUGCAGGGGGGAGCACAGUUUGCAAGGUUGCGAUCACCCCAACAGCUUUUAACAAGGCAUCCUUUAGUGAGGCUACUGUGAUACUCAAAUGCAAGAGUUAUGUGUGCACCCUUGAAGUGGUACGCUAUUCCCUAACAAGUUUUCAGAUCAUCGUCGCAGAGGCUGGCUGGCUACAUCUUUCGUGGAAUAAUGGAUCGGACUUUGUUUCUGUACCACACAAAUUGGGAUGUGUUCGUUCAUUAGAUUCUUUGAGUGCGCUGAGAAAUUGCGAAAUGCCACCAUUUCCAGCGAAUUCUCUGGAGGCUUAUUUGAGAAGAAGCAAAAGUACCUCUUUUGCCGAGCGUUGUCAAGAGUCAUACGAGUACUCGUGUGGCACCACCGUUAAAGAUUUUAGCAGUUUCGCGUUAGAGGAGUUAAAGAUGGCACUGGAUGCUUCGUUUAGACGAUUUGGUAGGCGUAACGGUAUUUUUUUCCGGAGUUUUUUAGUAAUGGGGAAUGGCACCGAGGUGCUCUCGUACGAUUACACAUCAGUUCUUUGUCUUUGCAUUAGCGCUUCAGGGGAUUGUGUGACAGUCUUUUCGCAUGCGAGUUCCGUCAGUUACGUGCCAUUCGUUCGUUCGUCUUUGGACGAUCCCAUGUUUUGCUUGAGUACGAUUAUUGCACCUGAUCGCGUACUUUUUGCUCGAGCGUGUUCAUGUGGUGCUAGCAUAUCUUGGGAUAUGAAAAAGUGGUCAGAUCCACAAGUCUCCGACCCGGUUGGCUUUUUUGCACUUGACGGAAACGAGCUUAUCGUUUGUAAUGAACAAAACGUAAUAUUUGUAUUACAUUGUAACGAAUCUACGAAAGUGAGUUCACACAUUGUCUCUGGCAGCUUUCGUGUUCACUCACUUAAGAGAGCAUCGAUAUUAUACUAG